AUGGUUUGCGGGCUAUGUUCGUUAUUCGGAGAAAUUGAACAAAACCCAGCUGGAUUUUCAUUUUUGAGGUAUGCUACACCGCGAUCUGAGAAUUGGAGUGCCGAGGAAAAAGAUAUACUACACGAGAUGAUUGCACAAUUACGCCACAUAAUUGAGGACAAAUCCACGAGAGCUUCUUCCAAUAUUAAAAAGGCUCAAGAGUGGAAGAACAUAGCAAACAAAAUUAAUGAACUCAUGGGAAAAAAUAGGUCUGAUGGUGAAAUUAAAUUGGCAUGGAAGAGGAUGAAGCUUGCGGCUAAAGCUAACUUGUCCGCUCAUAGGCAACACCAAAUGAAGACAGGGGGUGGUGAAAAGCCCAAGUCGCCUUCUCAAGGAGAUAUGGCGAUUAUGGAUAUUGCUCCACACGAUUUUAUUGUGGAAUACAAUGACUAUGACAGUGAUGCAAUAAAAACUGAUGUUCAAUUAAACACCCAAGAUAGUGAAAUUACAGCUGGGCCUAGUACAAGCUUUUUUCCUAUAAUAGAACCACCUCCUGAAUUCAAUGAUGAGGUAAUAGAGGUUAUAAUGGACCAAGGUACCUCAAUGGUAAAUGUUGGAAUUAGUACCCCUAGAAAAAAAGACAAUAUUCGUAGGAAGCAGUCGGGUAAAAAGGGUCCUCAAAGCAUAAAAGAAGCAUUACAAGAGACAAUAUUGAAGUCCAACUGUCAAUUUAAAAAAAAACAAUUAGAUAUGCUAGAAGUGGAGCACCAGUACAGUGUAAGAAUUGCUGAAUUAAAAUUAAAAAAACUGGAACUUGAAAUAAAAUUAUUAGAAAAAAAGGAAGAACUC